AAGCGAGCAAGGGAGGAAACUGGGGAAGCAGAGAGCGGCGACGCCGGAAGAAUCGAUGAUGUCUGGAAGAAGGAGAAGCGGAAAAAGGACGCCGGAGCCCCCGGAAUGGAGGGGGUGGUCCGUUUGGGUACGAUGGAAUUCACGACUUCCCGUGAGAUGUUUCAAACUGUCAAAGGGUGGAUGACCGGUAGUUAUCUAAAUUUCCCCGUCAGGAUCGUGCCGAGCUUGCUGGACUUGGUGAAGAAGGGUCAUCCCGAGCCACAUAAAAUGAUUGGUUGUGGGGUCGAUUCAUUUCGAGUCCGAAAUGACACGAUGUGCAGCCACUUCCGCACCUUCUUUAUCGUUAGGAAAGAUGAUUCGACCGCAGAUUUCUGCUUCAGGACCUGUGUAAACAACAUCCUUCCAUUACCCGAGAAUUUGAAAGAUCAAGGUGGUGGUGUUGUUGCUGUUUGUGCAUGUCAUAUAGCAGGAGGCAUGGGUCGUUUGCAUGCUGAUAGAGUGGCAGAGGAACGUGAAAGGCUUACACGAGAACAAAAUGCUAGGCUAGAUGAGGAGGAGAGGAUGGGAAGGCUCAACACCGUCAUCUUGGGUUCGAAGAAAUUCUAUUACUCCACGCAUAUGUAUAGAUACUUUUACUCGUUGCUUAUGAGGUCCCCACUUAAUCAGACUCUCGUCGAGAAGCAUGCCCACCUGAUGUUACUGGAUUUAUUGAAAAAGGGUGAUCCAGAGUCGGGAAAAAAGAUUAGUUCUUCUGGCGUCGAAUCAUUUCAAGUUCGAAUCCAUCCAGCAUACGAUAGUGAUCUGCGAAGCUUCUACUAUGUUAGGGGAGAUGGUUCUAUGGAGGAUUUCUGCUUCAUCAAAUGUGUUGAUCAUAUCUUUCCCUUGACAGAGAAAUUUAAAGAACAAUGCGUUGGUCCUUGUAGCUGUCAUCAUGAAGAAGAUGGGGAAGGUGGUGUCACCUUGGGUUGGCUGAAAUUUCAGAGUUCCACACAAAUGUUUUCAUAUUUCGGAAGUUUGAAUCAAUUUUGGCCAUAUGAGUCUCCUAUCACCGACCCGGUUAUUCAAACGGUAGUGUUGGCUUUGCUGAAGAAGGGCGAUCCAGAGUGGGAGAAGAAGGUUGGUUCGGGAGGGGGUCUCCAAUCAGUACGAAUUCGGAUGCCCACAGUGGGGAGCUAUCCGGCCUACUUCGUUGUUAGGAACGAUGGUUCUAUGGUGCCUUUCUGCUUCUGGACAUGCAUUGACAAUCUCAUUCCUUUGCCAAAGGACUAUAAAAACCGAUGUGCUGGUGCUGGUGCUGGUCUUAAAAGUUUCCAGAUGAGCUAUACGUGGGGCUAG